AAAAAAAAGGCGACAUUAAUUGAUAACGACACUUAAUUAAUAAUUAUUUAUACUAUUUUGUAUGUUAUUUCAUAUUUUUUGUCAAUAUUGUUAUAUUUUGUUAUUAUUAUUUACCUCUGGGCUGGGGCGACGGUCACGGGGCGGAGUCGAGACUGUACGUGUAAGUAAUUCAGAUAAACUUAUCGCGUUCCGAAUUUCUGAUAUGCAGAUAAUAAAUUAAAAUAUCACAGAAGACAGAACAGACCAAAUACCAAUAAUAUUAUGCCGACUUCCAUAAAAUGUCAAUGCGCCUUUGAACAUGACCGAAUAUGUUUAUAAUAAUUGCAAUGACGUAAUACACUGUGAGUACCUAAUACCUACUACCUAAAUCAAUUUAAAUCAAUCUACUUAUCGAACAAUGGCAAAGAAAAACGUUAGAAACGUUAUUAAAAAAUUGGAAUCGUCCAGUGUGUUGAUCAAUCCAUCGAAUCCAACCGACUACAAAGCGCCAAGUGCUUUCAUUCAAACAGAAGCGAACAAGGAUCCAGAACUCAUACCGCACUGUUUCAGCUCAUUUUGCUAUUUGGGCCUGUUCGUGUGGCUCUUGUUGGAUAGAAACUACAAUUUAUUAAUCGAUCGCAACUCAAUGAUCAUUAUUGUUACAUGUUACACAAUUGAAUUCGCUAAAUUUGCCUGCCAUUCUUAUCUAGUCAGUAGAAUAACAAAUCAAAUCAAGCCAAAAGCCAAUCCUAUAUUCUGGGCACUUCAAUUUAUAGUUUCCACUGUGCUAGCAGUGGGUGUAUCAUAUUUAUUUUCAAUUCUCUUUGGCGCACCAUUGACUACUAAACAAGAACAAACUUUUGUAUUUUCUGUACUCGCAACAGCACUUAUAAUUACACCCACUGCCAUUCAAUUAGGAUCAAAUAUAUUGCCAUUACUAUUAACUGAUUGUUUUGAAACAGAAUUCGAUAGCACUGUUGAAGUAUUUGAAAAGAACAAUUUUCGAGCAACAAUUUUAGGAGGGUUCAUUGGUGCAGCAGUAAUACCAUUCGAUUGGGAAACUGAAUGGCAACGAUGGCCAAUUCCAUGUUCAGUUGGAUUAAUAGCUGGACAUUUAUUAGCUAAUGUUUACGAAAUAAUAUGCUGGCAGUUUAAAACAUUGAAAAAAUAUUCUGUUAAAAAAAAUAAAUUUUGAUUGUUAUAGUUCAACAACUUUUUUGUUCAUAUUAGAAAUGUACGACCAGCAUUCGUACUUUUACAUAGUAAAAAGAAACUAACUAGAUAUCCUAUCGUAUUAAAUUGUUAAUAUUAAAAACAAAAUAGUUACAAAAGUUUUAAUUUUAGAAAUGUUAAACCACUUUACUUAACACAUUCAUUGUAUAUCAUAUUUGUAUAUACUUGUUGUCUUGUUCCUGUGCUGAAAAUAUUUUUUAACAAUUGAAUAAUUGCAUUUUGAUGUACGACUUGCUAGUACGUAGGAAAUAAUACUUAUAGGAGACACUGACCAAAACCAAAUAGUUGUAAUGCUGACCAAGUUAUAGUGCAUUGAUUAGCAAGGUACAAGACAUUUAGCAUAUGUGAACGGUGCUGAAUGACGCCAAUUGACAUUGUGCGCAAUGACCGUGUUAAUAUGUAAAAAGUAUUAUUUCUGGUUUUAUCUACAUUAUUAUAUAUGUUAUACCGCAAAGUUUUUUUUUUAAAUUUUAAAUUGUAAGCAAUAUUUAUUUCAAAUUUUACAGUUUUUUAAUAUUUUUUUUACUAUUUUAACUUUCUGUGGUAACUUUUUUUUAUUAUGUAUAACUUCAGAACAAUCAAAGAAAAUCCUUAAUGUUAGAUAGAAGUGCCCAGUAAGUAUUCAUGGUAACUUUGGAACACCAAUCAACAUAAAACAAUAAAUUAUUCAGAAUACUAUUGAAACGGUUGAACUUAAUAUUUAAUAUCCUCGCAGCCAAUGUUUUAUUUAUAAAAAAUAUUAUACAUUUUCAUAAAUAAUUAACAAGUUUAAUAGGUAUGAUAGUAAUAUAAUGAUAAAUUUGUAGUUUUAACUUGUAGCAUUAUAAUAAGUAUAUUUUUUGUUCCUUGGUUUUUACUUAAAAAUAUAAUGAUUUGUGAAUCAUUUGUAAAAAUAAAUAAUUAUUUGUUUUGUAUUUCUAA